AUGCUCAUUCUAAUUGCAGGCAUCACCGGCAUGGUCGGCCAGACCCUUGCUCGCUAUGCACUGGAAGAAGGCUAUCAAGUCCGCGGGUUGAGCAGGAACCCUGAUAAGCUCAAUACCGAUAUCAGAUCAAAACUCGAGAGUUUCGUUGCCUGUCCAGACUUCCUUGAUAAAUCUUACCUUGCGAAAGCUGUCAAGGGAGUCGAUGUCGUUAUCGCAGCUCUGCCUCCAGUGCCCAAAAUUAUUGGAGCAGGUCAACUGGCCCUCUUGCUGGAAGCUGAGAAAGCAGGUGUCAAGGUUUUCCACGCCGCUUCUUGGAACUUUGAUUGGACUAAGCUCGAACUCGGCGAUCACGAGACGUACGAUGCUUAUAUCGCCUUUAAGCGCCUUGCCGAACUCUCAUGCAGCUUGAAGCCAAUCUAUGGUUUCACAGGUGCCAUUUUAGACUAUAUGCUCGUUCAUAUCAAGCACGCAGGUCGACCCAGUAUGAUCAACACCGAGACACGAAGUGUUGCAUAUUUCGGUACCGGCGAAGAAAAGAUGUCCUUUACUACCCUUGAUGACUUGGUUAAAUAUACACUGGUCGCUAUAAAUGAUCCAGAUAUCAUUAAGCGUGGUAUUUACUACGUCGAGUCAUCUCACUGCACCAUGCCGGAGUUGGCUAAUAUUUAUGGCAAAGUGCGUGGCUAUGAGAUUAAGAAACAGUGCUUUGGCGGCAAGGCUGAACUUCAAGCGAUGUUGCAACAGGCCAGAGCGAACAUUAAUGCUUUGGACGCGAACAAAUAUAUCGACUUGGCUUACGGGAUGGUAAUUUUGAAUGGCAAGACAGUUAUUGAUCCUGUUGAUAAUGAAAGAUGGGCCAGCAAGGUCAAACCAACGAGCCUGGAGCAGUGGCUCAAAGAGCAUCCCGAGGCCUAG